AUGUCAAGGCUUUUUGCACGGCAGCUAUCGGACGAUGCACACCACGCUGGAGAAAAGCAGAAUCCGAGGAGCUCCGCGGGCUGCUACAGUGACACUAUCGUUCUCCCCUCACGCCUGGAAGCCGAGCCGCACCCGUAG